AUGAACAACGGACUUUCGCCAGAUGAUGCCCUCACCGACAUCAAGCGAAAUGCCCCAUACCCUAGCAUCAUGAUCGACGCGCCAGUGCCUCAACCCCAUGGUCUGAAGCAGACAGACAGACGCCAUGUGCAAGUACAAGCGGCGUCGACUUCAAGACACACCCAGCCAUACACCUCUACCAUGCUGUCUACCAAAAUCAGCGGUCACUGCAGCGAUUUAGCACGGCCAGACGAGGACUGGGCCAAAAACGCUGAUCCUGCUGAGCGCCGUCGGAUUCGUAACAGGAUCUCACAACGCAGACACCGUGGCCAAUUCUUCCCUUUCCUGAUUCCUUCUCCAAUCAGGACUCCGAUGUCUGACGAAGCAACGCACUGGAUUCCAGUUGAUGCUCGUCCGGUGUUCGCGCCAUACGGUCAUGUUCAGCAAAACAUCAGUGCUCAGAAUGGAGAUUGUGAGAUCCGAGAGAUUCCGGACAGUGCAGACAAAGCGCCUCCUACGGCUCAGUUCGAAGAUGCAUCCUUGCCGCCCAGCCUCAACACCAAUUGGGAGAGCGGCCCUGUUUCAUCACGAACUCACAACCCGUUGGUGUACGAAUCAAUCAUGGCAGAUGAGAUCCUGCACAUUCCGUACAUCGACGAAGACGUCCUUUUGACAUGGUCAAUCAACGAGCGUGAUGCGAGUGAACGACUCAGAUCAUAUAAGAUCCUUUCUGGAGCAAGGUCUUUCAACGACUGCGUUCCAACCCUGGACCGGGCCUCCGGAAGAGACUUGAGAGCCCUAGCUAUCAACGAUACCCCCGAACCGUACAGAAUACAGGCUUUGGAACACCUUCGGAGGCAAAGGCCUCGCGAUCAUGUUGAGCUUGUUGGCAGACUCUCGCACCUUCAACGGGUUGUCCACGAAAACAAUCUUGACCCGACUUUGGACUUUCGUUCUGUACUUUGUUGA